CGUCGUCUCUUUACCCUUCAACCUCAGUGAUGCAAAUCUCCCGGUAGACUCAGCGAUGCAUCCAUCUCAUCCUCUUUGGGCGCGGCGGCUUUUUUGCUUCAUCAGAACUACAAACUACUCCUCCGCCGCCGUUACUGCUCCGGCCACCGCCUCGAACUCCAGUUUUCCCCUCAAGAAUGUGACCAAGUCGAACUUCGAAGCUGCGUUAUCGGAACUUCGAAGCCAUGUCCGAGCUGCGGACUUCGUCGCCGUCGACCUCGAAAUGACCGGCAUCACCAGCGCCCCUUGGCGCGACUUGUUGGAGUUCGAUCGCUUUGAUGUUCGUUACCUCAACGUCAAGGACUCUGCUGAGAAGUUCGCCGUUGUUCAAUUCGGCGUCUGCCCGUUCCGUUGGGACUCCGCCAAAAAGUCAUUCGUCGCUCACCCGCAUAACUUUUUUAUUUUCCCACGCCAUGAAAUUGAAGUCGAUGGCCCUUCUUCCGAGUUCCUCUGCCGGACAACCUCCCUGGAAUUCUUAGCUAAAUACCAAUUUGAUUUCAACGCUUGUAUAUAUGAAGGAAUAUCUUAUUUGUCCAGAGCACAUGAAGAUGCAGCACGUAAACGUUUGAAUUUUGCAUAUGGGGAUGAAAUGUUAGAUGCAUCUUCUAAUGUGACCAAUGUUAGGGAUAAGAAGAGGGUCGGCAUUGCUGAUGUUUUAUUCAGAGAAAGAAUGAAAAACAGAUUACACGAAUGGCGGGACAGAUUACUAUCUGAAAGAAACAUGGAGUUUCAAGGCCAAGAAGGGUCAAAUGAUCACAAACGACAAUUUCAAACCAUUUUCUUCAAGACGCGACCUGCUCUUACUUUGAGUGAUUUUACCUCUCAUCAGAUAAAAUUGAUUCAGCUGGUAAUUAAGAAGCAUUUUGAGGAUCUUUGUUUUGUUGUCGUGAAUGAUGGUAAUGCAGAUCUACAACAGUUUGUCGUGUACGUGGAUUCUAGAGACGAUAAAGAGCUGCUCAUGCAAGAGGUAAACCGUGACCAGAAUAAAGCAGCUGAAACGAAGAUACAAUCUGCAAUAGGGUUUCGUCAUGUUAUUGAUCUCCUUUCAUCGGAAAAGAAGCUAAUUGUUGGUCAUAAUUGUUUCCUUGAUAUGCUUCACAUACACAGAAAAUUUAUUGGCUCUCUUCCUUCAACCGCAGAAGAAUUUGUCUCUUCUUUUGGAAAACACUUUCCAUACGUCAUGGAUACCAAAAUUCUCUUAAAUGACAAUUAUAUUCUUCGACGACGGAUGAAUAAGUCCAACACAUCUCUAUCCUCCGCCUUUGGCUCAUUAUGCCCGCAUAUUGCCUUCAGCUCUCUGAGGGUUAAUGCCUUGAACGAUUGUGUGCAAGUGGAGGUUCAAGUAGAUGAUCUAAGAUCCUCCAAAUGGAACUCCGGAGAUAAACAUGAAGCUGGGUACGAUGCUUUUAUGACAGGAUGUGUAUUUGCUCAAGCAUGUAAUCUUAUGGGAAUUGAUUUUAUAGAUUGUUCAACUUCCAAAAAUUUGGUUGACAAUGAGAUAUUGCAAAAGCACAUCAAUCGUCUGUAUUUGAAUUGGGCCAGUGGAGAUAUUAUUGAUCUAAGCACUGGUAACCAAGUGACCGAGUCUUUCAAGACUAGAAAGCAUCGAGUGCGAGUAUCGUUUGAGAACAUUGUUCUAAUCUGGGGAUUUUCUACCAACCUUACUGCAAGAAAGAUCAAAGCAUGCAUCUCUAAAGUCUUCGGCCAGGCCAAUGUCUCUAGUGUCAACCAUUUAGAUGAAAGUGCUGUGUUUGUGCAGUUUACAAAGCCAGAAAUGGUUUCCGAAUUUCUCAACUUAAAGGAGAAGUUGGAGAAGCGUGAUGAUCCAAUAUCAGUUUUGCAUCCUCUCACUGAACUUUUCGAUGCUAGGGCUACUCAUGCUGCAGGCUAUGAAGCAUACAAGAAAAUUUGCAGCUCUCCCAUGUCGAAACUCUUGUUUUCUGAUCAGGCAGAGGCAGUUGGGAUUAACCGAAAGACGAUGUUGAUAAAAUCUGAGGCAAAAAGGAGCAAAAUUGACCAAGCUGUUGACAUGUUGGAUGAGACUACUGAAAUACAGGGAACGGAGGGGGAAGCAAAUGAUCUAAGCAGCACUAACUACCAGAGUUUACGAUCUUCUUCAAUGUAAAGUCGCUCGGAACACCAAAAAUGUAUCGGUUUUCUUUUUUCUUUUUGCAAAUUGAGAUUGUACAAUGCAUAUUUAUGGAAAAUGAAAGCCUAAUUUGUAAUAGUGGGAUAGUUAAGCAGAAACCACCAAUAUAGAGUUCAAAUAGAUUGUAUUGAA